GAAGAGGAGGGGAGAUGGGUGGCAUAUCUUGAGUUACGUGCAAUUUAAUUCCCCAUAUUGAUACAGUCACUCACAUCCAUUGGAAGAAUUAGACUCCACUUUUAAGCAUUUCUUUUCCAGUGAUAUAAAGAAUAGGAUUUCUUGUUGUCUUCAGACCAGUUCAUCGGUUUUCUUGUAGACAUGUAAAUGGGCCAAUAGUUGUCAGACGUAAACAAUGACUCUUCACAUCACAAUUAUUUGUACAGUAUACAAAUGAGUCUUUUAAUGUUUCCAAAUGUCGUAGAUUACAGUCCUACGUUUUUCUUAAUAUGAACUAUCAAGUUUGGAUAAUAUAGGCCUAAAAAGGCAAGGAACUUCUCAGCUGGUACAACUAUAAUGUCCACUAGAAAACUUUCCAACAAAGUGUUCGCUCUACCAGCUUCUCACCAGACCUACAAUUUAUCCCCUUCCGAUCAUUCUCAAUGCAGCACAUACAAAGGCUUCCCGUCGCGGGCAUCAACUUUUAUCAGCACGUUCAAACAAAACCAGAGGAUCAGUUUCACCAGGGAAUGGUUCUACGAAGAAAUGGCCGUGGUCCCAACAAUGGAUAUGAGUUUGGGCAGCAAUGUCCCAAAGAGGCAGUGUCUCUUGCGUCCACUCAACUACGCCUCCGAUCCGUGCCCUGUCUGUGAACACGUCUUCCGAUACAGGGAUAGAAUUGUUGACCCUAGACCAAGCUGGACGUCCGCGAAAAGCAAGAUAACCAGGCCCCUUACAGUUCCUCCCAAUUCAGACGGAGAGAUGAAGAAGUGUCACCAGAACUGUGCAUUACACCCGAGGAUGCAUGAUGUAGAAGAUAGUAGGCAAUAUAUGCUUAGGUCAGCAACAUCCAACAAGAACUCUUCAACUAAGGAGUCGAAGAAGGACGAUGGCUACGAAAAAGAUGAUCGUGCACAAGACGAAGAGAGAGAUACCAAAAGUGGGUGUGUCGUUCUAUCCAGCAGCAGUGGCUCUGGCGAAGAAAAGGAAGAACACAAAGAAACUUCAGACAGCUUGCAGAUUCUGGCUGAGAGAUUGGACUAUGUCAGAAAGACAAACCAGGUUCUUAAAUACUACAUGGCAAGAGACGACGAUGGACUGGUGUUACCUUCGUUGAGAGACAUUGAGAUUCCAACUUCAAGUUCCUGCAUGAAAGAAAGUUACCUUCGUUGAGAGACAUUGAGAUUCCAACUUCAAGUUCCUGCAUGAAAGAAAGUUACCUUCGUUGAGAGACAUUGAGAUUCCAACUUCAAGUUCCUGCAUGAAAGAAAGUUACCCUUGAGAGACAUUGAGAUUCCAACUUCAAGUUCCUGCAUGAAAGAAAGUUACCCUUGAGAGACAUUGAGAUUCCAACUUCAAGUUCCUGCAUGAAAGAAAGUUACCUUUGAGAGACAUUGAGAUUCCAACUUCAAGUUCCUGCAUGAAAGAAAGUUACCUUUGAGAGACAUUGAGAUUCCAACUUCAAGUUCCUGCAUGAAAGAAAGUUCCUUUGAUUGAAACUUAAAUUAAAGCUUGUCUAUCAUCGGUACAAAAUGUUUUCAGUGACUUAACACUUAACUGUGGCGAGUUUAUUUUAGAAAAGAUUUUUGGUUCUCUAACUGUAGGUGAAGUCAGUUUUGUGUUUUCCCCUUCUCACAUAACAAAUUUAAUUUAACAGAGAAAACAAAUGAACAAGUUAUUUAGUAUACCUGAAUUAUUUAAUAAAAAAAUAGCUUGGGUUGUGUGUUAAAAUGGGGAUGUCAAAACUUUAAAUGUGUAUAGUUGGAUGGAGUAUUUUUAUCAUAAAUUGCUUAUUGAGGAAUGGAUAGAUGUCUCUAUUUUCGCUCCUUAACUUAUCACUCCUGGUUGGUUGGCCGAUGGACUCUGGGC